UUGGGGGGCGGCUUGAGAAACUUGGGCGUGCGUUGUACGCCUGUCGGUUUCCGAUCCUGAGCUUUGCCGCGAGUGGCACCCUGUGUUGCCAGAACUCUUGAAUCAGGGCUCUGUGCCCUUUUGCAAACCUGCAUUUCACGUUUCCUUUCUUUUUUAUGCUUCUUACUCUUGGGAUGGUUUUAUUUAUUUCUGGUGUGUGAGGAAUCGGUAGCGAGGGCUGGCGUGCUGGCUCUGUGCAGGGAGAGAAGGUGGCGGUGCGUUUAGCUCAUCUCAGCAGCUGUUCCGGCAUCGGUGAAAGGAGCUUGGGAUCCGUCUCCCAUCAAGAGAGCCCGUCGCCAGCCAGAGAGCCCUGCCGCCAGCUGCUGUCGAGGAAACCGCAGCUGAGCCCUCGGUGGACUUUGGAAUCCCUUUGAAAGAGGAAGCAGAGAAAAGGGGAUUCUGGCCCCGUCUCCUGGCGAUAAGAGAAUUCAUCAGCUCCCUCUCUGGAUUAAGUUUCGGGGUGUGUGUGUGUCACAUGCAGGGGUCUGUUUUCAUUCUCACUUCUUCUGUGUUUCUCUUCAACAUGCGUUUCUCUGACAACACGCAUUGUCAGAGGUGCGCAUGGGCUGGAGGAACUCGCUCCAGCCCUGAGGACCACCCAACAACCGGGUCGACGGUUUAAUAGUGAACCACGCCUUGUGAGGACCCCCCCCCAAAGACUCAACUAAUGUUCACGGUUCUUGGAAGAUCUCUCUCCCCCCGCUCACCCUCUAAUUUUUCUCCACAAUAGCAUACUCCUCCUUGUCUGAGGGUUUGACAAGUCUUGAAAACCAGGAUUAUAACCCCUUUUAUUUCCGCGAAAGCUGUCUGCUGAAGGAGUUACCGUUGGAUGGAGUUAUCCUGCAUUGUUUCCCCAGCUGGCCUCUCUCCUAAUCGGAUGGUAGAUUUGGGGAGCGUUCCAGAGUCAGGGGGCCCCUUCAGAGUCUCCCUCACGGUUUUUGCAAUGGCAGGCAUUGCUUGUUGAGGACGGAACCCCAGCGCUCAUGACUGGUUCUGAGAGGAUGACUCUUCGAAUCCCUCAAAGGGGAAGCUGUCUGACGGGACACCAGUUCCUUUGGCUUAGGUUUCCCUUCGCCUAGAUUUGGAUUACAACCUCAAGAUGGUCUGCGCGAUGUUUGGUUCUUCCUCCUGAACUCUGAAUCCCUCAUGCCGGUCGGCCAGCCUGAGGAUGUCAGUUCCUGAGAACACUUAGAACGCAGCCACCAUUUUGGAAACGGGCAAGCGAGGGGCGAAAGCUUCCUUGUGCCCAGAGUAACCGCUAUCCUGGAUCUCCCAGUUGGGGCCUGGGCCCCAGUGAGCGGCAUGACCGCUUGCCAGUACCCCAUGGGGCCCGGCUCCUUGGAGAGGGACCGGAUGUACCAGCACAAAGUCUCCCUAGUGGUUCGAUAUUUCAUGAUCCCCUGCAACAUCUGCCUGAUCCUCUUGGCCACCUCCACACUAGGAUUCGCCGUCCUGCUUUUCCUCAACAACUACAAACCAGGGUACUAUUUUCCACAGCCGCUGCCGACGCCACAGGACGUGUGCCGAGGUGUGCUGUGUGGGUUUGGCGCCGUGUGCGAGAGGAGUGCAACGGGCCCCUCCCAGGGACUAUGUGUGUGCAAGAAGACCACAUGCCCCUCAGUGGUGGCCCCUGUCUGUGGCUCGGAUUAUUCUACCUACAGCAACGAAUGCGAGCUGGAAAAGGCUCAAUGCAAUCAACAGCGCCGGAUCAAAGUCAUCAGCAAAGGGGCUUGUGGUUCGAAGGACCCCUGCGCAGAGGUGACCUGCAGCUUUGGAAGCACCUGUGCCCGCUCCACGGAUGGGCUGUCAGCUAAGUGCAUCUGCCCGUCUUCAUGCAGCGGCGUGCCUGAGAAUGUGGUGUGCGGCAGUGACGGCAAGGACUACCGCAGCGAGUGCCACCUCAACAGGCACGCCUGCGACAAGCAAGAGAACCUUUUCAAGAAGUUUGACGGGCCUUGUGACCCUUGCAAGAGCACCCACAACGACAUGAACAGAGUUUGCCGGGUCAACCCUCGCACUCGGCGUGCUGAGCUCCUGCUCCGGCCUGAGAGCUGCCCGCUGAAGCGGGAUCCAGUGUGUAGCGAUGAGGGGGUAACCUAUGACAACGACUGUGUCAUGCUGAGGUCGGGCGCCAUUCGGGGGAUCGAGAUCCAGAAAGUGCGGUCAGGACAGUGCCUGCUUCAGGACAAGUGCAAGGACGAGUGUCGCUUUAACGGCGUGUGCCUGAACCGCCGGGGGGCUGCCCGCUGCUCGUGCGAGCGUAUCGCUUGUGAUGGCUCCUACCGGCCUCUCUGUGGCAGGGACAGCCGGACCUACGCCAACGACUGCGAGCGGCAGAAAGCUGAGUGCCAGCAAAGAGCCGCCAUCCCGGUCAAGCACCAGGGCCCUUGUGAUCUUGGCACGCCUAGCCCCUGCCUGAGUGUUGAGUGCACUUUCGGGGCUACCUGCGUGGUGAAGAACCAGGAAGCGGUGUGCGAAUGCCAGCAAGUGUGCCAGAGCAUCUACGACCCGGUCUGUGGCAGUGAUGGCCUCACCUAUGGCAACCCCUGUGAGCUCGACGCCAUGGCUUGCGCCCUCCGGAAGGAGAUUAGGGUGAAACACAAGGGCCCUUGUGACCAUUGUGGGAAAUGUCAGUUUGGCGCCAUCUGCGAGGCAGAGACGGGGAGGUGCAUUUGCCCCACUGAGUGUGUCCCCUCUGCUCAGCCGGUCUGCGGCACGGACGGAAACACCUACGGAAACGAGUGCGAACUCCACGUGCGGGCCUGCACCCAGCAGACCAACAUCGAGGUGGCGGCACAAGGCAACUGCAAAACCUGUGGGACUACGACGUGCUCGUUUGGGGCAUUAUGUGUGGGUGGGCAGUGCAUCUGCCCACGCUGUGAGAAGCAACCUUUGGCCCGAGUGUGCGGGAGCAAUGGUGUCACCUACGACAAUGCGUGCGAGCUGCGGGUGGCAGCUUGUCAGCAGAAAAAGGACAUUGAGAUAUCAAGGACGGGCCCUUGCGAGGAUGAAUGUGGAUCAGGAGGAUCUGGCUCUGGGGACUCCAACGAGUGUGACCGGGACAGCUGCCGACAAUACGGUGGCUCGUGGGAUGAGGAUGUGGAAGAUGACCGCUGUGUGUGUGACUAUACCUGUGGAGCUGUGCCAAGGAAUCCAGUAUGUGGCUCUGAUGGUGUGACCUACGCUAAUGAGUGCGAACUCAAAAAGACACGCUGCGAAAAGCGACAGGAUAUCUAUGUGACGGGUCAGGGCGGCUGCCGAGGAACCACAAUCCUACCUCCUCCACUCCUCCACUGCAGCCAGACCGUUUAUGGAUGCUGCCCAGACAAUGUGACCUUGGCUCUUGGUGUUGGCUCUGCAGGCUGCCCCAGUACCUGCCACUGUAACCCCUACGGUUCCUAUGGAGGCAGUUGUGACCCUGCCACGGGGCAGUGCUCCUGCAAACCUGGCGUGGGGGGCCUGAAGUGCGACCGCUGUGAGCCGGGCUUCUGGAACUUCCGUGGCAUUGUCACCGACAGGAAGAGUGGCUGUACCCCUUGCCACUGUGAUCCCGUGGGCUCGGUGCGCGAUGACUGUGAGCAGAUGACAGGCUUGUGUUCCUGCAAAACCGGCAUCACCGGCAUGAAGUGCAACCAGUGUCCCAACGGAAGCAAGCUGGGAAUGUCUGGCUGCGAGAAAGACCCAUCUGCACCCUCAUCCUGCACUGAAAUGGUGUGUGAGUUUGGGGCAUCCUGCGUGGAAGUAAAUGGCUUUGCACACUGUGAGUGCCCAUCUCCACUCUGCACGGAGGCCAACAUGACCAAGGUCUGCGGCUCGGACGGAGUGACCUAUGGUGACCAGUGCCAGCUGAGGACCAUUGCUUGCCGGCAAGGGCAGGUCAUAGAGGUGAAGCACUUCGGCCAGUGCCAAGAAUCCAUCACUCAUGCCAGCCACGCUACACCACCUGCAACCUUGGGAUCGCUUCUCCCUCCAACCCCUCAAGCCACCCCCCAGGUUCCUGAGCUGUCCAGGACGCCAGGCAGCUCCCAGCACUUUGAAGUCAAGGCUUCCCCACAGAGCCACCCAGUCACGCAGCGGAUCAGCACCUCCCCUCGCCCAGCCACAACUGCUUGGACCACGCAUGGUGUCCGCCAGACCACAAUCCGACCUCUGUCGACUGCCCCGGUUGUCCCAGUCACCAGCCAGCCAGCUUACGUUGAGCCAGGCAGCGCAGAAGGCAGUGGGGACCCAGAGAUGGGCAUCAGUGGAGACCAAGAAGGCAGUGGCGCAAGCUCCACCGGGGAUGAGGAGAUGGAAGAAGCGAGGGUCACGAGCACCCCAGUUAUAGAAAGGGCCACGUGUUAUAACACCCCCUUGGGAUGCUGCUCUGAUGGGAAGACAGCUGCGGCCGAUGCAGAGGGAAGCAACUGCCCAGCAACAAAAGUGUUCCAGGGGGUUCUCAUCUUGGAAGAGGUGGAAGGUCAAGAGCUUUUCUACACGCCAGAGAUGGCUGACCCCAAAUCAGAGCUCUUUGGAGAGACCGCCAGGAGCAUCGAAAGCGCGCUGGACGAACUUUUCCGCAACUCUGACGUCAAGAAGGAUUUCAAGAGCAUCCGAGUGCGAGACCUGGGCCAGAGCAAUGCCGUGCGUGUCAUUGUCGAGUCUCAUUUUGACCCAGCCACCACCUACACAGCUGCCGACAUCCAGAGGGCCCUUCUGAAGCAGAUCAAAGCCUCCAAGAAGAAAACCAUCCUCGUGAAAAGGCCCCAGCAGGAGAACAUCAAAUUCAUGGACUUUGACUGGAUCCCCCAGCUUUUCACCACAACGACCACCACCACGACGGCCAGCACCAUGGCACCGGCUGUCGCCACCACCCGCCACUUCACCACCACCGCUGUUCCCCGGGCCCUGUACCCAGGGAGGUCCAAUGGUAAAGCAACCGGGGCAGUCACCACCAAAAGACCUGUCACCACCGCUCCAGCCACCACCGCCAGGAAGAAGCCCAUGCGCCUGACCCCAACCCCAAAGAAGCCAGCACGGCCCUGCGAUUCCCACCCCUGCCUGCACGGCGGCACCUGUGAGGAUGAUGGCCGGGAAUUCACCUGCAGUUGCCCGGCUGGAAAAGGAGGGGCAGUUUGUGAAAAAUCGAUCAGGUACUUCAUCCCCAGUUUUGGAGGAAAAUCCUACCUGGCCUUCAAAAUGAUGAAGGCGUACCACACCGUGCGCAUUGCCAUGGAGUUCCGGGCUUCUGACCUCAGUGGGCUGCUCUUGUACAAUGGGCAGAACCGCGGCAAGGAUUUCAUCUCCCUGGCGCUGGUCAACGGCUUUGUGGAGCUUCGGUUCAACACGGGCUCUGGGACAGGCAUCAUCACCAGCAGAGUGCCCGUUGAGCCUGGCAGAUGGCACCAGCUGGUUGUCAACCGCAAUCGAAGGAACGGCAUGCUCUCCGUGGACGGGGAGCCACAUGUCAACGGUGAGAGCCCCAGCGGCACGGAUGGGCUGAAUCUCGACACGGAUCUCUUUGUUGGAGGAGCUCCAGAAGAUCAAAUAGCAGCGGUGGCAGAGCGCACAUCAGUCACAACUGGCCUGAAGGGCUGCAUCCGCCUGCUGGACGUCAACAACCAGAUGUACGACCUGAGGGAGAAGGGCAGCGACGUGCUGUAUGGCAGCGGAGUGGGCGAGUGUGGCAACAACCCCUGCCACCCCAACCCCUGCCACCACGGCGGCCUCUGCCACGUCAAAGAGGCGGAGAUGUUCCACUGCGAGUGCCUCAACGGUUACACAGGGCCAACCUGUGCUGACGAGAGGAACCCCUGUGACCCCAACCCAUGCCACAUCUCUGCCACCUGCUUGGUGCUGCCAGAAGGGGGCGCCAAGUGUGAAUGCCCCAUGGGGCGGGAGGGAGAGUUCUGUCAGACAGUCACAGAGCUGGACCAGACAGUUCCCUUCCUGCCAGAAUUUAAUGGGUUCUCCUACCUAGAGCUGAACGGUCUCCAAGCCUUCGUGCCAGAGCUGCAGGAGAAGAUGGCCAUGGAAGUCGUGUUCCUAGCGAAGAACCCAAGUGGCAUGAUCUUCUACAAUGGGCAGAAGACAGACGGCAAAGGGGAUUUCAUCUCCCUGGCUCUUCAUGACGGCUACCUGGAAUAUAGAUACGACCUGGGCAAAGGAGCAGCUGUAAUCAAGAGCAAGGAACCAAUCCCAUUAAACACCUGGAUCAGUGUAUCACUAGAGAGGAAUGCACGCAAAGGGGUGAUGAGGAUCAAUAACGGCGAACGGAUCAUGGGAGAGUCUCCGCUUCCUCACACCUCCCUUAACCUGAAAGAACCCCUCUACGUUGGGGGAGCACCUGACUUCAGCAAGCUCGCCCGUGCUGCGGCUAUUUCCACCAGCUUUGAUGGUGCCAUCCAGAGGAUUUCUAUAAAAAGCGUCCCAAUUCUGAAGGAAGAGAACAUCCGUGGUGCCGUCGAGAUCUCUUCCUUCCGCUCCCAUCCGUGCAUCCAGAAGCCCAGCCCUUGCCAGAAUGGGGGGAUGUGUAGUCCUCGCAUGGAAAGCUACGAGUGCACAUGCCAGAGGGGCUCCUUCGGGGUGCACUGCGAGAAAGUCAUCACUGAGAAGGCGGCAGGAGACGCGGAGGCCAUUGCUUUCGAUGGCAGGACCUACAUAGAAUACCACAAUGCUGUGACCAAAAGUCCUGAUGCUCUGGACUACCCUCUGGAUAUCAGUGAGAAGGCCUUGCAGUCGAACCACUUUGAGCUGAGCAUCAAGACCGAAGCCACGCAAGGCCUCAUCCUCUGGAGCGGGAAAGGGCUGGAGCGUUCAGAUUACAUUGCUUUGGCCAUUGUGGACGGCCGCGUACAGAUGACCUAUGACCUUGGCUCCAAGCCUAUGGUUCUGCGUUCUACUGUCCCAGUCAACACAAACCAGUGGAUCCAAAUCAAAGCAUACAGAGUGCAUCGAGAUGGGUCCUUGCAGGUCGGCAACGAGUCCCCCAUCACAGGCUCCUCGCCUCUUGGAGCAACUCAGCUGGACACAGACGGGGCUCUUUGGCUGGGAGGACUAGAGAAGCUCAGCGUGGCUCACAAACUCCCCAAAGCCUACAGCACCGGCUACGUUGGCUGCAUAAGAGACGUCACUGUCGACCGUCAAGAACUGCACUUGGUGGAGGACGCUUUAAACAACCCCACCAUAUUACACUGCUCAGCCAAAUAAUAUGGCCUGCGGCCCGCCCUCCCUCUCUCCUCCCUUCCCUCCCUCCCUUCCUCCCCCCUCCCCCCUCAUCCUUCUGGCUAUUGCUGUAAUUAUUUUCUAUUUUUGUAAACUUAUUGCUUUUUAUAUUUUUGUGGGGGAAGGGAGGGGGGAAAGCGAGGAGGCAGAGAAGAAGAAGAGGAGGAAGAGGAGGAAGAAGAAGAGACGGAAGAUAAAACUUUGGGUUGGGGGGAGUCAUUUUUGGUUACUUUUUUGGUGCACUGUUCUCUCUCAUCCAAGCUGGUUGGACUCUUGAGCAGGAGCCAAGCCUCCCUGUGGGGUGUUUUUUUUUUUAAUUAUUAUUAUUUAGAAAAAGAAGAAGAAGAAAUCCUUCCAGGCAAUGACCAAGGAGCAAACAUGCUCCCACCUUCUAUAUCCCGCCUUCAGGCGUCAUCCUCUGCUGUAAAUGCCGUACAUACUUGAAACUUUUUCUUAAAAAACAUCAGCUUUGGAAGUUAACACCCACAAGGAGGAAAUCUUGACAAUUCCUCCCGGACCCCAGGCGAUGAACUGAAGCCCUCAAAGGAGCAGAAACCAGAAGUCCUCUUUCAUAACAGCUUUGAACAAAAGAAGCAACAGCCGGGUGGACAAUUGGAGGGAGGGGCAAGCAAGGGGGCAUGUGGGGAAGGCCGCUAGGUGGGUGGGGGGAAACGGGGUGCCUGCUGAUGAGGUCCAAGGAAGUUGGAACAAAAACCUUCAAACCAAGGCACCCACCUGCUGGUCUUUGCCUUAUCUUUAGUCUUAAAGAGGUUUGCUAUUAUCUUCUUGUAACCACAAAUAGGGUGGACAAAAGGUUGGAAAGCUCUCUCGCUCACACACACUCAUUUUUUCUUUCAACGUACUUCCAAUGCAUAUAAGUGAACUUGGGGGGGGGGCAGGAUUCUCCUCUCUCCUGCAAGAAUGUCUGGAGUUAUGAUCUUGCAUUAGGGGGCUAAAGAGAUUAGAGAGGAGACGGGAUGGCAGUACUCCUGGGCAGCACCCAAGUCCUCCCAAUGGCUGGAAGGUGACUUCUUCUUGAGUUUCCCAAUCCAUUCUUUGUUGACCACUGAGAAGAGCAGCAGUCUUCUUUUGGUUAUACUUCAUUAGCUCAGAUUGGGUCCUCUCUCCCACCCCACCCCACCCCAAAAAAAGAUGCUGGAACUGAUAACUGUGGGUCAAGUGGGUGCUUUAACACUCUAGUGAAGGAAGUGGGGAGACUUCUGUGUCUCUUCAGAUGUGGUUGGAUGACAGCUCCUGUCUUCCCUGACAAUUGGCCAUGCCAAUGGGGAGUGGUGGGAGGUGAGGGUUCCAACAUCUGGAGGACCUUGAAAGGACCCCCAUUGGAAAGGCUGUGGAUGAUAGCCUGUCUCCAUGUGCUCUAUAACACAAAGACUUGUAUGGAGGCAUAAAGAUCCGCUUUUGGGGUCCCCUCCCCUAAAAUCCCAAUAUCUCAAAGACAAAGCCUAGGGAUUUGUUCUGAGUUCCAGAACUACAUUGAGCUCAAAAGCCCUUUCAACACACAAGAAGUCCCCUUUCUGCAAUUUAGCAACCUAACCUUGGUGGGAAAAGCUUUGAUGUUUGCCAUGGUUAAAAAAAUUGGGAGUCAGAAAACCUCGCCAUUCUGCUGCCCAGAUCACCUCAUAGAUCUGUCAGUUGAGUUCCUGAUCUAGUUUGUGUUCUGGUCGUACACCGCCCUGCACUUCCCAUGGAAACCGCCAUAUGCGGGGUCAGAGCACAGGGCAAGCGGGAGCCACUCUGCCCACCAGCCCCUCCCAGAUAUCUAUGGUGCUCUACUCCACUUGCCUAACUUUGGGUCUCCCUCCCAAACUCCCCCCCCCCCACAUGGCUGUGUUUUAUGGAUGCCGGCCUGUUGAUGGAUGAGGAGGGGAGGGAAUCUUAUUUCUAAGGUGUGCAUGUUAAAGGCAGAUUGGGAGGGACGGCGAACCCCAAAGGCCUCUCUGGUACAUUCCAUACACAGUCGCCUCAGAGGUGGCCCCAAGUCUUUUGGGUGCCUGCGGCAGAAAAUUCAAAUGGCACCCUCCGCCCACCCCCUUUGGUGGUAAAUAAUGUAAUAAAAAAAGACUUAA